AUGGAAGAAAAUGAUGCGAGUAACCACCGCGUAGCCAACCAGGAGUCGAGCGACGAGUCGAACCGGGCGAUCAUCCUGCCCCUUCUGCAGGCACCGGGUAACCAGCUCCCCCACCGCAUCACCAACUUUUUCAUCGACAAUAUCCUCCGGCCGGACUUCGGUAAGAGGAAAGACGGGUACCGGGAACCCGGUCAUAUCCCCGGUAGGGAGAACGUCAGUCCGUCCGGGCAGAGCGGGGGCAGUCCUCCCGGGCCAGGAGGUGGUGGUAGUGCUGACAGUGGGGUCGGUGAAGGGUCUCCGAGCAGCCCUUCUGGUCCGGAUAAGAAACGCGAUGUGGCGGCUGAAGGAGCGCUGAGGAACGGAGAGUGCGCCGAGCAGUCCCAGAGUUCAGAUUCGGACAGUUCCCAGAGCAGCAGCAACGCGGUCUCGCAGCCCAUGUUGUGGCCUGCAUGGGUUUACUGCACUAGGUACUCCGACAGGCCUUCUUCAGGUCCCAGGUCCCGAAAACCAAAGAAGAAGAAUCUCAAUAAAGAGGACAAGCGACCGAGAACAGCGUUCACUGCCGAGCAGUUACAGAGACUGAAAGCCGAGUUUCAGACUAACCGCUACCUAACCGAGCAGCGCCGGCAGAGCCUGGCUCACGAACUCAGUCUCAACGAAUCCCAAAUUAAAAUCUGGUUUCAGAACAAGCGAGCCAAAAUCAAGAAAGCUAGCGGAUCAAAGAACACAUUGGCACUCCAUUUAAUGGCGCAAGGCCUAUACAACCACUCCAGCACGGGGAAAGAGCACAAGGAAGAGAGUGAAUAG